AUGCCCGGCGGUUGUCCAUCUACUUCAUCACACCGCCGGAGUCGAUUCAGAAAGAACACGCAGCCGCCGCAGGACCGUCAUUGUCGUCGCCGUCGCGUCGCACUGCAGUCUGCCGCUCAUAGCAUCGUCACCUUCAGCAGAUGCUACUCCUCGUCUUCCUCCGCCUUCGGCUCCCCGCCUCGUCUAUGUCAGUUGGAUCGACGCCUCGUCUCCGUCCACAAGAACAUAUCUUCGUCUCCGUCCGUCACAGCGUCGCAACACCGUCCACCGCCGCGCGCUUCUUUUCCGUCAGUCGUCGUGUCGCCUCACCGCCGCGUCGCUUCGGUUCCGUCAGCCGUUAGCCGCCGUGUUUCCUCGGCACCGUCAGUCGCUGCCUUUGGUCGGAGUGUGUGUGUGUGUGCAGGACCGUCGGUCGCACAGCCGUCGGUCGCUGUCUUUCGAAGGCCAUCUGAAAUUUGUCGGCCACACAGAGAAACGUUGAUGUCACGUCAUGGGAUGAGCACAUCAUGUUCCUCGGCCACACGGUCAACUGCUUCUGUGGCUCGGUCAAGGUCAUCGGCAACACCGGUAGCAACUCCACUCGAGAGGGAGAAUUUUGUUGAGGAAGCGGAUAUGUUUGGUUCCUGGGAUAGAAAUGAGUAUUUUUGA